AUGUCGGGACACCCAUGGGACGACACGCAAGCGGAUGUGAUCUUCUGUGCUUCCGAUGGUGUCAAGUUCAGAGUACACAAGCUUGUCCUGUCACUAGCGUCAGAUUUCUUUAGGGACAUGUUUCGUCUGCCACAGAAUGGAAACGAUUCUCUUCCCGAAAUCCCUUGCUCGGAACCGAGCACGAUCCUCGACAACCUCUUCCGUCUCUGUUAUCCCAUUCAAGACCCAUCCAUCCAUGCCAUCCAAGACCUUAGGGCGACGCUAGUGGCCGCAAUGAAGUACGAUAUGAAGGAGGCAAUCUACCUCAUGCGACAGGAGCUCAGCAGGCAUACCCUCACUUCUCCUAUGCGAGUGUACGCCAUCGCCUGCUGCCUCGACCUUGAGGACGAGGCGCAUUGCGCUGCGAAGACUAUCCGCGAGCAAGGUGUUCAGAACUCGUAUGUGGAAGAGAUGGAGGACCUUUCCGCUGGUGCAUACCAACGGCUUCUUGAUUUU